AUGGAAGAAGCAGGAGAACGGAAGAAUGGAAGACAAGAAGGCAUCGUCGAAAAGGUUGUCAAAGAAUCAGGGCAUUUCUGUCGUCAUCAAAGCGUCGGCGGUGGCGGAACCUGGGACCUUGGAGGAGGUCUAGAAAGUUACAGACGAGAUGGAGCAAAGACUGAUCUUUUUGCAGGAAUCGGCGGCAGUAAUUACGAAUUGUUGGAGUCACUGCUGCAAGGCAAGGAUCCGGAGCAGGUGACAUUGAAGGAGCUGAGCGAAAUAAUGGCAAGCCAUUUCCAGUCAAAGAAACUAAUCUUGGCAGAACGCUACGGAUUAUGUCGCGAUCACAACGCCUCUGGAGAAGCACUGCAGGUCUAUUAUGCGGAAAAGCAGAAAGCUGCAGCGACAUAA